AUGGGCCCACCGCCUCAGGAGGAGCCAGAGUUCGAGAUGUCUCGCCCUCGGAUGAAUAGAUCCGAGACAGUGACUUCUGUCAACCCUCGCACGCAGAAGAUCAAGGCCAUCGACCUUAGCGCCCCUCCAUUCACCAAGGAGUACAUCGACCAGUAUCGCGCACGUAUCAAAGACGACCCGGAUCCGGAGGCUCAGUUCAUAUACGCGAAGUAUCUUAUCGACGCUGCAAAGAAACUCGGCAGUGACGCCAAGGAUCAAAGAGGGCUACGGAAGUACCGCGACGCUUUGAUUCAAGAGUCUCUCAAAGUCAUCCGACGGCUAGCCACACAGGGCCAGCCCUUCGACGAUGCGCAGUUCUUCCUCGCCAAUUGCCACGGCACCGGUAUGCUGGGCUUGCAAGUUGACCACGAACGAGCCUACCACCUGUACCUUCAAGCCGCGAAGCAAAAUCACGCCGCCGCCUGCUACCGCGUUGCAGUAUGUAACGAGAUCGGGGCUGGGACCCGGGCCGAUCCUCAACGCGCCGCGGCAUUCUACCGCAAAGCAGCGUCCCUGGGCGACACAGCGGCUAUGUACAAGCUUGGCGUCAUCCUCCUACGAGGACUUCUCAAGCAGCCGCCGAACCCACGCGAAGCGAUAGGUUGGCUCCGGCGCGCGGCGGAACAGGCGGACGAAGAGAACCCGCACGCGCUGCACGAGCUCGCGAUGCUCCACGAGAACCCUGCGAACGGGGUUGUGCCAUGCGACCCAGGGUACGCGCGGGAUCUGUACGAGCGCGCGGGUCGCCUCGGAUACACGCACUCGCAGUACAAGCUCGGGCAGGCGUACGAGUACGGGUCGAUGAACUGCCCGGUGGACCCGCGGCGGUCGAUCGCGUGGUACACGAAGGCGGCGGAGAAGGGGCACUCGGAGGCGGAGCUGGCGCUGAGCGGUUGGUACCUGACGGGCAGCGAGGGGGUGCUGAAGCAGAGCGACUCGGAGGCGUAUCUGUGGGCGAGGAGGGCGGCGAACAAGGGUCUGAGCAAGGCCGAGUACGCGGUCGGGUACUACGCGGAGGUCGGCAUCGGUGUCAAGCAGGACGUCGAGUUCGCGAAGCGGUGGUACAUGCGUGCAGCAGCGCAGGGAAACAAGCGGGCAAUGAACCGGCUGACGGAGAUGAAGCGGAACGGGAACAAGCGGGCGAACAUGGCGCGGCCGACGCGGCAGGACGCGAAGGACGAGUGUGUGAUUGUAUAG